AUGAGUGCUAAAGUCCCAAGAAAUUUCCGACUCCUUGAGGAGCUCGAGAAGGGCGAGAAGGGUCUGAGUGCAGAUGCUUGCUCAUAUGGUCUCGCUGAUGGAGAGGACAUGAUGAUGAGCAACUGGAAUGGCACUAUCCUUGGCCCUCCCCACAGUGUCCAUGAGAACCGCAUAUACAGCGUGAACAUCCACUGUGGACCUGAGUACCCCGACACUCCUCCUACCGUUCAAUUCGUUUCCCGCGUCAACCUUCCCUGCGUGGACCCCAGAACCGGAAAGGUCGAUGCGACAAAGUUCCCGACUCUCGCGACUUGGAAGCGAGACUUCACCAUGGAAACCGUUCUGAUCGAACUGAGAAGGAACAUGGCUUUGCCCCAGCACAAGAAACUACCCCAGCCUGAGGAGGGCUCGUCAUUCUAG